AUGGGAAUGCAAACUGACAAGGUUAGGUAUAAUGUUGGAGGUAAAAUCUUUGAAACAAGUGCAACUACUCUUGCGAGUGCGCGCAGAAGUUCGAUGUUUGGAGCUAUGUUUGAUGAUGAAUGGAACCUCCAACCAAGACAAGUUAAUGAAGAGUAUUUUAUCGAUCGAAACCCGGAUUGUGUUUCUGUUCUUCUCAAUCUUCUAAGAACUGGUGAGCUUUGUGUCCCUCCUCACGUACCUGAUAAAUUAUUUUACAAAGAAGCUCUUUAUUAUGGUCUUCUAAAUCAUGUUAGAGCGGCAAGGUUUCGCGAAUUGGAUGUCAACCAAUUAAGACUAACGAGUUCGGUUAGGGGUCAAGCUUCUGGCGGUUGUAAUGCCAUUAGAGUAAGUCCUGAUGGCGGUUGUGCUGUGGCUCAUAGUAGAAUUGUCCGUACAUAUGAUUGGAUGCUUGAAGAAUAUCCACCAAUAAAUUUCAAUUAUCAAAAAGUUAAUGAUAUUGGAUGGAUCGAUUUAGAGAAUAUUGUGAUCAGUGCUUGCGAAAGGUCUGGACGACAAGACUCUGGUAUUGGUAUUUUCAGUUCGUCAAGCGGUAAUCUAAAACAUACAUUUCAGCUAAACCAGGUGAAGAGAUUUACUGCUGGAGCUUUAUGUUUCAACUCUGAUGGUAAGAUGUUUGCUGCUUGUAGCGAAACAGGUAUUAACGUAACUGGAGUUUGGGAUCAAGUUACUGGAGAAAAACGGAUUUUUUCCAUAAAACAAUACGUGAGCCUCUCUGUAAUGCAAACAAGAUUCAAUGCUUCAAUGGAAGUAACUGCUUGUUGCUUUUUCAUUUUUCAGAAGAGACUCGUAAGAAAUAUAUUUGUCUUUUGGAUUUUAGAGAUAAAAGUAUGGUUUGGCAUAAUACCUCAGUAA